AUGGGGGCCCGGCAGCGAUUUCGAUGGGCGAACAAUGUGGUUACGCAGGAGAGCAGUCUCCCGUGGGAGCAGGGAUGGCUCCGCGGCAGCGGGAGGCUGAAAGGCCACUCAGAGUAUCGCGCCGACUCCUGCCAGGAGCGGACCGUCCUGCAGAUGUGUGUGGAGGUCGUGAGUUGGUGCGGGCAGCCCCGUGAUCUCUCCGGUGUUGGCUCGCAGCAGGAGCCGCGUCUUGGCGCUCCUGUCCGCCCUCCUGGGCGCCGGCGGGGCUGCGCGGCGCGGGGCUGGCAGCGGGACGGGGCUCUGCGCGAAGGGCCGGGCGACGCGGGGCUGACCACUGCGCUUGGGCCAACGGGGGCCGUCGGGCGGAGCGGGGAGUUUCAGCUUUUAAAAUAUCCUGAAAGGGUAUUUUGCCCAUCAGUUUACGAAAAUGUUAUUUUUUGUCUUCUGCAGCACCAUGUGCAUCCUUGCCCAGCCUGUGGGAUCAUAUACAGAGCUGAUGAGCACCACCCACCCAUACUGCCCCUCAGAGCUCAGCUGCCGAUGCAGCUCAGCGGCAGCUGGGUGAGCACCCACUGCGAGGUCCGACCCGCCGUGCUUUUCCUCACCCGGUACUUCAUAUUCCACGGUAACAACCACACCUGGGAAGGUUAUUACUAUCACUACUCCGACCCCCUCUGCAAACAGCCGACUUUCACCAUCUACGCGUCUGGCCAUUACACCCAAGGCAUCCCCUCCUCCAAGGUGAGGGGGGGAACAGAGCUGGCUUUCAAAGUCACGCAGGCUCGGGUGACGCCAAUGGACCAGGUGACGGUGACGAUGCUGAACUCCUCAGAACCUGGAAGCUGUGGGCUGACAAGCUCCUGGAGGGCUCGGGUGGAGCAGGAUAUAACACCCACAAAUGGAUGUUUGGCUUUGGGCAUCAAGCUGCCCCACACGGAGUACGAACUUUUCAAAACGGAGCAAGACACGGAAGAGCACAGCCUGCUGUACAUUGGCGAAAGGCCCACAGAUGGAUCCAGUCCUGACAGCCCGGCCAAGCGACCCACGUCCUACCAGGCACCUCUCAUUCAGUGCGCCGGAGCGCCAGAGGAAUUAUCUAGCUACCUUAGUCUAAAAUACGUGGGAAAAAAGGAUGCUAAUGGGAACGAAGCACUAAAACCUUUGCCUGUGGCCUUUUUACUGUUUAUAGCACUUCUGUUUUUAAGAUGGGACUAG